CGGCUGCAUUCAAGGAAGCGCAAACUGGCCGAUCGGUUUCGUCUCAAGCUGCUCAGAAAAUACAAGCAAUGUCAAAACAUAUUUUGAGUAAUACGAUCAGGUUAAGGUCCCUCUGCAGAUUGCAAAUACUACAAGGACAGAUGAUGUCAAGUCAAGCUGGGACUGAGGUGCUUUUGGAGAAAGUGGGGAAUGCUGGGGUGAUCACCCUGAACCGCCCCAAAGCACUGAAUGCCCUCAACGUGAACAUGAUCCGUCUCAUGUACCCCCAGCUCAAGAAAUGGGAGACGGACAAGGAGACUGAUAUUGUUAUCAUCAAAGGAGCUGGGGGGAAAGCCUUCUGUGCAGGUGGAGACAUCAGAGCUGUGACUGAAGCUGGGAUGGUAGGAGAUCCUCUUGCUAAGGACUUCUUCCGUGAAGAAUACAUCCUGAACAAUACUAUUGGAACAUAUCAGAAACCAUAUGUGGCCCUGAUUGAUGGGAUAACAAUGGGAGGGGGUGUGGGCCUAUCGGUCCACGGCCGGUUUCGGGUGGCCACUGAGAAGACUUUAUUUGCCAUGCCGGAGACAGCAAUCGGACUGUUCCCUGAUGUGGGUGGUGGCUACUUCCUGCCAAGGCUGCAGGGCCAGCUGGGUCUCUUCCUGGCCCUAACGGGUUUCCGCCUCAAAGGACGUGAUGUCCAGAAAGCAGGAGUUGCUAGCCACUUUGUGGAAUCUCAGAAGAUUGCAGCCCUUGAAAAGGAGCUGGUGGACUUAAAAGCACCAUCCAUUGAAGACAUCGCCAGAGUUUUGGACUCCUAUCAGAAAAAGAGCAGUCUGGAUGCUGAGAAGCCAUUUGUCCUUGAGAAACACAUAGAUGUGAUUGAUAAGCUAUUUCAGUCCAGCAGUGUGGAGGGGAUUGUAUGCAACCUGAAGGCAGACGGCUCUCCAUUCGCUCAGAAACAAGCUGAGACACUCGCCAAAAUGUCUCCCAUGUCACUGAAGAUAACCUUCAAGCAGAUUCAGGCUGGACGCACCAUGACUUUGCAGGAGGUUUUGGUGAUGGAGUACAGACUAAGUCAAGCCUGCAUGGUGAAGGGCAGUGACUUCUAUGAGGGUGUCAGGGCAGUCUUGGUUGACAAGGACCAAAGUCCCAAGUGGAACCCAUCCACACUGGAGGAAGUCUCAGAUAAGAGUGUGGAGGACUGCUUCUUGUCUCUGGAGGAGCAUGACCUCAAGCUCUAAUAGCGGCCCUAAAGAUAAAAACACCACACCCUCCCACUUGGGAGGUUUUUCUUCUAGCAAGAUUCUAGCAGGAUUCAUCAGAUACCAGGUUCUCACUGGAAUUUGACCUCAUGACUCAAUGGUUAUACAGUUGGACAGGAGAGGAGGAAAGGGAUAUACAGUAUAGAUGUUGGUCUCAGACAUCCUACAGUAGUCAUUCAGUGUCCUCUCACAACAGCAGUAUUGGAAAGAGCAUUGUUGUUGGGGGGGGGGGGGGGGUAGAGACAGAUUACCUCACCAUUUAGUGCAUUAUAACAUUACUGCUAUAAUGACUUUUAAAUAAAAUCAGCAUGGAUUCAAAGUGCAAUAUCUUUUGAGUGAUCGUCCUUAAGAUGAUGACACAUUAAAUCUGUUCUCUUUGUAUUAGAUUUACUAAUUUGUUGUUUUUUAGAUUUGUGUUAUCUAGCUAGCUGGAUACAAAAUGUGUAAUGCUGAAUACAUUCUAGAACUAUGGGUAAAGCAAUUAGCUUGGCAUUAGAAAUCCUUUGCAAAAGUGAAAAAUGAGUUACUUCAAACUGAUUCUACAUAUAUCAGUCAAUAUAAAUAAUGAAAAUACAUUUUUGAAAGUCAGUCUGGCGGCAUACUAAAUGGACCUUGUUAUUUCCUAAGGGACAUUUUUGCUGUUACAGUGGUAAAAACAGUAGGUAAAUGGGUGGAGCUGCUAGGUAAGAAAUUGUGUCCCUGUUUUAAGUGUUAUCAGAUGGUUAUCAUGGCACUUGUUGAGAUACUGUCCUGUUUUGUUUCUGACUGUCUCUCCCAUACAUUUCCCAGCAAUUCAAUGCCUAUACUGCCUGAUUUCAACAUCAGUAAAAAAAAAAAACUAUA